UGAAAUUCUACGUUUCGGAAUUUCGAUGGGUCCGUGUCUUCGUGCGCAGUUUAGUUGGCUGAAGCGUAAUAUUCAGGCCGACGGUUGGUUUGGGAUGGUUUUUCUGGUGAAACGGUGUUUCCUGCUCGUACCUGGUUUUGUGUCGCUCUGUGUGCGUGUUUGUGUGUGUGUGUGCUCUGCGCGAUACCGUCAAUGUUUGCCGAUUCGGAGGAAGAGAAUUGUUUUGUGCUUUUGAAAAAGACGAGAUACAAUUUGUGUUUUUUUGGGAGCUGAAAAAGUGAACAAGACAAAUUUCCUUCACCGAAAAACGGAGCGAAAAGUGAUUGUAAGUGUGUGUGAUUCCAGCAGAGUUAAACAGAAGGAAAGAAGAAUUACGCCCUUCCUUGUGGCGACGGUGCCACACUGUCAGGUUCGGUGUUGCGCGCGUGUGUGUGUGUGUUUGUGCCUGUGUGUUUGAUGCACAAUAUCAAGGCACUUGCAGAGGAAUUACAAAAAAUCUUAAAGGAUCGUGCGUUUGUGUGUAAUAAGCAGUGAAAUUUGUGUGAAAAUUUCAACACUUCAUCAGCAGCAGCACCGAAAACAGUGAUCCGUUUCUACAGUGUACCGGAACAAUCCGGAGCGCAGAGGCAUAUCGGUAUUUUUUUUUUGCGUUGGCUUCGUCUGUGUUUGUGUGUGUUUUCCUGCUCCAAGCGGUUCCAGCCAGCUCAGCCCGGUGUAUAGCUACACUGCACAGAGAGACCACACAGCACAACACGUUUUGUGUGCGUGUACUGCCGGACGGCGGGGAGUAGUAGUGUGUCUGUGUGUUUGCAGCCGAAAAGUGCGGAAGUGACUCGACGAUAUUUCUGCGACUGAAAGAUAGCACCGUGCGAAGACGCCGGCCAAAAGGUGUACAAAAUCUGAUCGGAAAGGCAAGAGGAAAUCGAAAUUACAUCUCAACGCUUUCCCGCCAAAGUAACGGCCAGGAUCGGCUGACAGCGGCUUAAUUUAAGAAAGAAAAGUACCGAAAGGACAAAGGGUGUGUUGAAUCUCAUCCCGCUGCCCCGUAACCAGCAUGACUUCCAAAACUGUUCAGAAUGCGCCCGCCAUUGCCAUCUCCACGCCCGCCGCCGCAUCCAUAAAAUCGUCCACCUCGUCGCUCAUCUCCAGCAUGUCGCUGGCCUCGCCAAUGACCAUGUCGUCCACAAUGUCGAUAUCGUCGGCGGACAGUGCGAUGGUCGCCGGCUCGUCGUCCAGCGGCGGCGGUGGCGGCGGCGCCGCCGGCUGCUCCACCAUCGUGAAGGAGGGCUGGCUGUACAAGCGGGGCGAACACAUCAAGACGUGGCGCUCGCGCUACUUCAUCCUGAAGAGUGACGGCACGCUCGAGGGCUACAAGAUACGGCCGGAUCCGCAGGUGCCGACCGAACCGUCGAACAAGUUCACCGUGCGCGACUGCCAGAUCAUGUCGAUCGAUCGGCCCCGGCCGUUCACGUUCAUCAUCCGCGGGCUCCAGUGGACGACCGUGAUCGAGCGCAUGUUCCACGUGGAGGACGAGAACGACCGGAAGGACUGGGUGGAGGCGAUCCGCAGCGUCGCGAACAAGCUGAACGAGGAGGAGGUGUACCAGGCGACGCUGCCGAACCAGGCGGCCGACGACGACUGCGAGAUGGGCUCGAUCGCGGAGGACGAGCUGGUGAACGAGAAGCCGGUGUACGGUACCGCGACGGACAAAGUGAGCGGCAAGCGGAAGGUGACGCUGGAAAACUUUGAAUUCCUGAAAGUGCUCGGCAAAGGCACCUUCGGCAAGGUGAUUCUGUGCCGGGAGAAAACCUCCUCGAAGCUGUACGCGAUCAAGAUACUGAAAAAGGACGUCAUCAUACAGAAGGACGAGGUGGCCCACACGAUGGCCGAGAGUCGCGUGCUCAAGACGACCAAUCAUCCGUUUUUGAUAUCGCUAAAGUACUCGUUCCAAACGGUCGAUCGGCUGUGCUUCGUGAUGCAGUACGUCAACGGGGGCGAGCUGUUCUUCCACCUGAGCCGCGAACGCAUAUUCCCCGAGGAUCGGACGCGCUUCUACGCGGCGGAAAUUAUUUCAGCGCUCGGCUACCUACACUCGCACGGCAUCAUCUAUCGGGACCUGAAGCUGGAAAACCUGCUGCUCGACAAGGACGGCCACAUCAAGAUCGCCGACUUUGGCCUGUGCAAGGAGGACAUCACGUACGGCCGGACGACGAAAACGUUCUGCGGUACGCCCGAGUACCUGGCGCCGGAGGUGCUGGAGGACAACGAUUACGGCCACGCGGUCGACUGGUGGGGCACGGGCGUCGUCAUGUACGAGAUGAUUUGCGGCCGGCUGCCGUUCUACAACCGCGACCACGACAUCCUGUUCACGCUGAUCCUGAUGGAGGAGGUGAAGUUCCCGCGCAACAUCAGCCCGAACGCGCGCAGCCUGCUGAGCGGGCUGCUGGUGAAAAAUCCGAAGCAGCGGCUCGGGGGCGGACCGGACGAUGCGAAGGAAAUUAUGGCCCACCCGUUCUUUGCCAGCAUCAACUGGACGGAUCUGGUGCAGAAGCGCAUCACGCCACCGUUCAAGCCGCAGGUCACGAGCGACACGGACACGCGCUACUUCGACCGGGAGUUCACCGGCGAGAGUGUGGAGCUGACACCGUCCGACUCGAACGGUCCGCUCGGUGCGAUCCAGGAGGAACCACACUUUUCCGAAUUCAGCUACCAGGAUAUGGCUUCCACCAUGAACACGCCCAGCUACAUGAACCAUUCGCACAACUUUCACCCGAUGCAGUGAGAGCAAGCGGUCCGUGAAAGGCGCCCGGUGAGUUCGGGCGCACAGUAGCGCGAAACAAUGGCGGGAGUGGGUGAGUGUGGGACCUGGACACCAGACACGGACACUGCUCCUUCUUUGGAGACCCUCUCUCCCCUCCCCUGUGUGCACAGUGGGUUAUGAUGGAAAUACCCGGUCAAAACGCCCGCAUCGUGGGUAUAUGCCCGGUGUGCCGGGCUCAAUCACUGGAAUCGCACGGGGGCGUGAGGAAAUGAUGCAGAGCGCGCGACGAGGAUAAAAGGGGGAAGAGAAGAAGCGUGAUGAAGGCAAAUCGUGAAUAGAGUGAAGAAGGCAACGAGCAAACAUCUUUUUCGUUUGAAUAGUAGCAGCAGCAGCAGCAGCAGCAAGGGAGUCAGCGUAACGUUCGUAACAAUCCGCCAGCAAAAGCGUAAGAAACCAAGCCUGUUUAUGUUCGAUUACUGCGUAAUCCAAUAGCCCGGAGGUGUGACUUUUCUGUGUGUGUGUGUGUGUGUCCCGUCUGCCCUAUUCCUGUCGGUGACGGUUGAACCACACCACCAACGGUCGGACCGAACAGUCGAGUGCACGAAGGAACGGGAAAGAAAAGGCCACAUGUGCGCCCGGUCAAGAUCCUCGGAAGGAUGAAGGGAGGGGAGGGGGGGGGACAAGUGCCGCUCAGUGGACGGAAAGAGCUUCCAAACCGCGAUGUGUAACGCUCAUGAUAUGUGCGCUACAUCGACGGACCGACCAGAUCGGGGAUCGGGCUGUGCGACCUCUAGCACCCGUCCGGUACAGAAGAUUUGUUUUUCUUAUAUGUUCCCUACACCUGCAACAUCCCCUCACCCAUCACAACAGUUAUUAACUUUAUGUUACAACAGUCAAGACAGCAAAACAAUGAACAAAAUUCCUUAACCUCUCUCCUCAAUGCCUCAACCGCUCUCUAGUUCAACGCGAACGCCAGCAAAGAGAAGCAAAAACUGGGGGUGAUUGAGGGGUGCGAAAUAGAUGAUACUUACCACCACACACCGCCGUGCCAACUAUUGCCAUAACCAACGCCGUGAAAAUGAUCUCAGUUUAAUAGCAAUCGAACAGGAAACAAUAGAUUAUAAUAGAUCUCAAUACAGAGAGACACAACUUUACACACACAGACAGACAGACAGACAGACAGACACCCACCUGGAUAUUAACUCUCUAGCAGGAGCAGUAAAGGUAGUGUGGGGUGGUGCUCUAGUGAAAUAGGAUUGCACUUUUAGUUGCCUUUCUCAUCAUGUUCAACACAGCUUCACAUCUCCCGUGUAUCAGUGGACGACGGAGCCAAAAGUAAAAGAGUGGUAGCACGAAAAGUUCACCAACAAACAGCUCAUAGUACAAUGUUCACCAGCAAACCCCAGCCAACCAUCACGGCACGAAGAAUGGAAGCGGUUUUGACCGUACUUGCGCGCGAUUCCUUGAGCGAACGAAGAAGAAAUUAACACGAUUUGCGCUAUUUUAGUGUCGUAUAACAGAGAGUAAGAGAGAGAGAGAGAGAUAGGGAGAGAAAGCAUAAUUUAACCGAAGUUUGAGCACCCAUUUAGAGAGGAUAAGUAAGUUUUGAACUUAGCUACUUUAAUUCGCAAAAUCAACAACAAAAAAGAGGCCUCGCUGCUGCUUCUCGCCAGCGUUUGCCAGCGAGAAUCCUUUGUUCUCUUCCUACUACUAGCAUACACGCGCACGGGGAGCGCGUUCGAUUAGCAUUAUUACUUAUUAUUAUUAUUAUUACCUUUGCGCGACUCUUCACACACACACACACACACGCAGCAACGCUCCCCCCAAAUAAUUUGUGAACCUUGUUUCCUAUCACUUUCAAAUACGCCUGUUUUGUUUCCCCGUGUUUAUCCGUGACCACCGUAGUGAACCUUGUACGGUGGUGUGUGGUGUACAAGCGGAGGUAUUAUUAUGAAAGGACACAGCUCCCAAGUAAUGCUGCACGGAAAAGAGAGAGAAAGAGAAGCAUGUUAAUAUAGAAGCUGCUUUUAUAGACGAUAAGCUGGUGCGCGCGCAGCAAGUGACACAAAGUGCGCGCUCAAUGACGCAAGAUUAGAAAGCAACGGGCUGUGAUAGCAUGAAGUUAAUAAUAGUGGUUAGAAAAUGUGUGUGUGUGUACGUGUAUGUGAAUGUAUGCAGCUGUAUCGAGCUGGCCUACAGGCAGCAGCAACAGCAAAUUGGCGCGCAAAUGCUGUGUGCUCUUGGUGGAAGAGAUAUAUGCGCAAGGACGCUAUUAAAUACGCAUCCUUGCACCAACUCUCUUCGCUAACACGAUUAGAAGAGGUUAUUGCACGAUAGAGAGAGAGAGAGAGAGAAAGAGAGAGAUUCCUGACGAAAUGCCCAGAUAAGGGGACAAAAGGAUUUCUGGGGGGGGGGGGGGGGGGGGGGGGUGCUAUAUCCCUACACCAAUUUAGUAACACGUGCUGCUCUUCCCGCUUCCUCCAAAACGGUUGAGCGAAACGAACAACGGUGUACCCAUCCCUUCGCGCCCCGCAAUGUUGUCUACUGUGUGACAGUGUGUGUUCCUUAGCAGUGUGGUGUGUGUAUGAAAAGCGUUCGUUUUGGAAGGAUGAUAGGGUUAACUGUAAGCAACUUUAGUGCGCGAGAAAGAAGAGAUCAUUACACGCUGAAAAAGGGAAAUUGUUCAUAAUUCAUUAGAGCCUAACCAUAUACACACUCACGUAAACACGCGCGCGUCAUUUUCAUGAUGUGUGUGUGUGUGUGAUGUGUGCGUUUGUCGCUAAACUUUACUUUGCAAAGUUGCAGUAGCCGCGCACCAGUAACAGUAACACAGUCGCUACUAUCAGCGACAGCGCUGCUAUGAAGCAACUAAAACCAUAGUAGUUAAAAACAUAGAGUACGCGGAUAGGAGCAAAUAUCACUGCCUUAGGUAAACGAGACAUUGACAAAAUGGAAAUAAAGUAACUAGAAGAAAAAAACAAAACAAAAACAAGUGCAACAUUUAGAUGGCUAUAUAGAGCUCAAAACGGGAGCUGGGUGAAGCAGACUGCAAGAUAAAGCAACCUUUACCAUCAUCCCCAUUUCUUCGGCAGUAAUACAGAGAUAGAGAUGUUGCAAAUAAACAUCGCAAACACGAUCGCAAGCGUUUGAAACGAACAGCAGCCAGUCACUCGUGCUUUCCAAUUGGAAAAAAGUAAAGAUUCGUUUGUUCUGCUAAGCUUUACUUUUUUGUUUAAGUGUUCACUACACCUUACCCUGGGACAACACUACUGGUGCUAAUUGAUUAAAAGCGUAUACCCCCCCCCCCCCCUCUCCCCCAUUGAAAUCGAGAUCGAGUAAAGCACGAGGUCAAUAUAGAAUGCGCGAAUGUCCUAGCGAUAAAUACUACUACUACUACUGACUGCGAGGGGGAGGAAAAAAGCAUAUAAAACUGGCUUCCGAAAAAUAUGUUUUCUUUUUAAGCAGGGGGUGAGGGGGGGGGGGUGGAAAGCUUUCCUAACAUCUAGAAGACCAGCGAAACAAAUAUUCCUUUCCCUCCCGGGAAACGGGGAAAGGAUUA